AUGGAUCCGAAAAAGACAUACGCGUCGACAAAGUCGAUAGCCGAUGCCUCUUACGAGAUGGGCGUGCAUCGACAAACCGUCCCCGACGCAGAGGACGCCUUCGACGACCGGCACGACCUUCCUCCCCCGUACGAAGCCGCCGGCGGAUCCACCGCCUCCGCCUCCGCGGCGAUACCCACCCCGCCUUCCACCCUCAUGCGCGACAGCAGCCCCAGGAGCUCCACGAGCUCGGUCAGAGGGGAAGACGCGGGUUUCCUGCCGGGCGCCGGACGCGCGGAAGGGUACAGGCGCACGAGCCCGAUGAGCGUGGACGGGAAGGACUACCACGACGACGAGGCCAGUGACGCCUCGAGCAUCGGGCGAGUGAGCAAUCAUCUUCGAAAGCCCAGGACGCCCAGCUUACGCGCCACGGCGGCCGCCUCCCAACUCCCAUCCAACCAGCUCGAAGCGCACAUGUGCAAUUUCAGCGGUACAUCACAGCCGGGCGACUUCGAUCUCAGCCGUGAGUCACCUGGCGUCCUUGGAAUCGAUAUCAUUUCAGACAACUGCAAGGAGGUAUGUCCGGGUACGUGUCCCGCUGCGGUAAGCCUGGCGAACUUUGCAGCUCUGCUAUGA